CAGGCUCCCAGAGCCUGGUAUGACAAACUUAGUUCUUUUUUUUUUGGAAAAUAGCUUUAGGAGAGGCAAGUGGACAAGACUCUAUUCAUUAAACAUGAUAAGGAACACAUUCUGCUAGUUCAAGUGUAUGUAGAUGACAUUAUUUUCGGAUCAACAAGUGAAAAACUGUGCAAAGAAUUUGAAAUAAAAAUGAAGAGUGCUUUCGAGAUGAGUUUAAUGGGGGAAUUGAAUUUCUUUCUAGGACUUCAGAUAAAACAAACGUAUGCUGGAAUUUUCAUUUGCCAAACCAAAUAUCUUCAAAACAUGUUAAAACGCUUUGAUUUUGGAAAUUUAAAGACUGUUGUAACCCCCAUGGCAGCAAACACUAAGCUUGAUAAGGAUGAUUCGGGAAUACCAGUUAAUGAUAAGUUAUUCAGAGGAAUGAUAGGAUCCUUGCUGUACCUGACUGCUAGUCGUCCUGACAUUAUGUACAGCGUGUGUGUCUGUGCUAGAUUUCAAAGUUCACCUAAACAGAGCCACUUGAGUGCUGUUAAACGAAUUUUUAGAUACCUGAGUGGUUGCCCUGAUCUAGGGUUAUGGUACUCACAUGAAUCUAGUUUAGAACUUCUAGGUUAUUCAGAUGCUGAUUAUGCAGGGUGUGUUGUAGAUAGAAAAAGUACCUCAGGAACUUGUCAGGUCCUCGGUACUUCUUUGGUGUCGUGGUUCAGUAAGAAGCAAAACUAUGUUGCUUUGUCAACAGCCGAAGCUGAGUACAUUGCAGCUGGCUGCUGCUGUACUCAGAUUCUCUGGAUGAAGCAUCAGCUUCAAGACUAUGGUCUGCUCCCUAGUUCAGUACUUGUGCUGUGUGAUAACACAAGCUCAAUUAAUAUGACCAAAAAUCCAGUUCAACAUUCUCGAACAAAACAUAUUGAUGUUCGUUAUCAUUUUAUUCGUGAACUAGUAGAAGAAGGCCAAAUAGGACUAGAAUUUGUCCCAACUUCAUGUCAAUGGGCUGAUAUCUUCACAAAGCCCUUGGGCUCAGAAUCCUUCAUUCGCAUUCGUCGUGAACUAGGGUUAUUCACAUUACAAGAUAUAGCUCAACUGUCAACCAAGCCCUAGGAAUCGUCUUGCUGAUCUGAGUUACCUUCUUUACCUUGAUUCCAUUAGAAAAUCUUAGGAUCAAGAAUCCUCUUAAUCAGUGAUCUAAUUUACCUUCCUCAAUAAUACUUUCCUUGACUCUUGGAAUUCUUCCGGAUCAAGUUCCUCACGUUCCUUAUUCAGACUUCACCUUCUAUUAAUGAGUUCAUCAUUCCACUUUAAAAAGGGAUCAGAAUUGUACCCUAUCUCUCAUUCAUCUUCUGCAACCCAAAGGCUAUCAUGGCUGCCCCAAAUCAUCACAUAGCUUCUCUGCGUCUAGCUCAAGCUGCCAUUUUCAAUGGGAAGGGCUUUGAAGAUGCAGCGGGGUAUGCUCGCUACCUCCACCACUUCCAGGAUCGUUCCUUGCAUCCCUCUAUCACCCUCGAUCCCUCCAGAUUCAAUAGGUAUGGGAUGGAUGUCCCACGCCUAAUCACCACUAUUGGAUGGGGGGAUAUUCUUCCAAAUCGCAACUUUGGGUUUCGUCCUGAGGCAGUUCGGAUGUUCUAUGCCAACAUGAAGUCGUGCCUUCAUAUCUCACCCCCAUGCUUCACAACGAUAGUAUACAACUAUCUGAUCACCAUCAAUGUGGAAUUACUGUCUCUGUUGCUUGGAAUUCCCAUUGCAUGAGCUGAAGUCAUGAAUGAAACUGACUUUCAUUCUGUUGAUUUCAAUGAGGGAGAUGCUAUGCGGCUGUAUACCCGCGACACUGGUCGUUACAACCGCUCUGAAUUUCAUGCUGGUCGACUUCCUGACGAUCUUAAAGUGUUGCAUUUCUACAUAACCCGUUGUUUUCUACCUAGAUCGUUUGGGCUCAAUAAAAUUUAUCCUUCGGAUCUUUGGAUCCUGGCUAGUGCCAAAGAAAUUCGAGUGAUCAGCUAUCCUCACCUUAUGUUCGACCACAUGUUGAACUUCCAUGCUGACAACUAUGCUGCCGAUCUUCCUUACGUACCACAGAUUACUCAAAUCCUGCUGGCCUUAGGCAUAGAUCUCCGUUUUAAGGUGGCUCGUGUUGAUAUUCUCGGUUCUCUUCGUGCUCAAUUCGUUCUUCGUAAGGUGGAUGCAUCGGUUGGACGUCGUGGCCCCCGAGUCAAUGCUCCAGGGGGAGAAGCAGCAACUGCUGGAGUUCCCUUUCACCAGGACGGACUCAGUUUGUCUGAGCUAGGAGGGGAUGAGGCAGAGGAAGGACCAGAUACAGACAUGGCUGACAGAGUCGUCAGAGAUAAUGGGAAGCGACCAUUGGUGGACCCGUUGGAGGAUGUUCGCGCCAUGUUCAGGCAGGAGGAGGCAAGCAGCAGCAAUAGGGGUCUGAUGAUGGAGGAUGAUGAUACCAUAUCGGACUAUGUGCCGUCACCUAGGUUCUCGUUUUAGAAGGGAUAUUAAGUUUAGGGGGAGUCAGAAGUUUGCAGAGUCAAUGUUGAAUAAAUGCCCUGUCUGGGCUUAUGUCAAUUUACUUUUCAAAGUAUGUGUCUAGAGUGCUUCGAGUCUCUAUUUCAACAGUCAAUAAAAAUGGUCUCGGCUUGGAACUUUAUUUUAGUUGAAAUACUUGAGCACAAUCUUCUUCAGAACAGUCUGCACGUAACUAUGUGCUAGAGUGUGUGCAGGAACUCCAUCAGCAGCUGAGAGGAUCAUUGACUGACUUAGGGGGAGAUUGUUGACAAAUCAAGCCAGUCAAUAAUCUUAAAUCAAGAGAAAGAGACCGUGACCUUGGUGAAGCAGCAUUUGGAAAGAAAUAUGAACGAAGGGAAAGCAGAUUUGGAGAAUCAGAAGGAUUGAUUGAGACAAGGGAUUUCAGGAAGGAAUUCAAAGGAGAAGACCUACCAUACUUGGAAGACAACGGCUAACCAGCAUGGAAUACAAAUAGCUCGCUCAGAAUCAAGAACACAAUUUUCUAGGAGAUCAAAUUACACAGGAAACGCUAGGGACAUAGCAAGUGUGAUUGAUAGUGAAAAGAGGUUUUAGCAUUGGUUCUGGAGUGAAACAGUGUUAGAGAGAAAGAGUGUUGGAAAACACAGAAGCUGGAUAGCUUGGGAUUGGGUUUAGUUGAUAGAAAUCUCGAUCAACCAUCCAGGAUUGGUUUGGUUGAUCUCGUGAGUGUAUAACUGUCAUAGAUCAAGAGCAGCACAUCUAGUGAAUCGUUGGAAGUCACAAAUCGUGAUUUUCCAACCGUGGAGUAGUCAGUAUUGGGAUUCAUUUUCUCCCAAUACUGGAAACCACGUAAAAACUGAGCCCGUGUCUUUCAAUUCAGCACUAUAUCGUUUGCUUGGGUGGCUAUUCUCUGUUUUGCAGUGGCAGGGGAGUUCGAGUCUGUUCAAAGAAAUCAGGUCGUUGCGAAGGAAGAAGAAGGCUCUGAACAGGAAAGGUAAAACGAGUCGUUUUACUAAGAGGUGAGUAAUUCGCAGGCUUAUAAUUUGAGUGGGCCGGUGCAGUUGAGCCCAACACAAGAAAGUAAUCCCUCGGCCUACAAACAUAUACUUGAGUUGAUUUCCAAAUUGUUUUCGAUUCAACAAUCGUCUCUUGUCACCUACACUUGAUCUUCCCGAAAGGGAGUUUAGGGUUCGCAGGAACCAAAUUACGAAUCACGCAAAGGAGGCGUCUCGCGCUCGACGCCGUUAACAGUUUGUUCAUUUCAUUUAAUGGUAUGUCUUGUACCAUGUAACGAAAUUCUAUAAGUUUCAUCACAAAAUAUCUCAAAAUAAUUAACUCGAGUUAUUAAGACAUACGGAUCUCUGACACAUGUAAAUGUAAUUUUUAAUGUAAAAGUACUUCAUUAUGACGUGCAUGAUAUGUUAAUAAAUUUCAUUAUUAGACCUUCUUCGUCAAUUUAAAAAUGUCACAUCUACGCUUCGUUUAUACAUAAUAACGCACCUGUCAUUUUUUAAAUUAAUAAGAUCGGGAUCGCCUAACAAUAUCACAGAUUGAGAAUUGAAACGAGCUUUACAAUGCAUGUGAGUCAUCGAAGACAUAUGCCCAAGCAAUUGGGAAUAAAACUUUGGCAUAAUUUGAUAUAUCUCUAGAUUCACUUAUAGUAGUUAUAACUACUGGAAGUUAAACCUACCCUGAAAACAAAGCAUAAACGCAUUACAUAAAGUUUGUACACGCAAAAACAAAAAGGAAAUGGAAUUGGGAUCUGCAUAAAUAUGGCAUGUGGGUUAGUGGGUACGUGGCGGUGAUGAGGAGGAAUUAUCAUCUGAUCCACCACUAGGGGUGUCAAUUCGGGUCGGGUGCGGUUACUCGAACCGAAACCCGAAAAACCUGAAAAUUCGAAACUAAAAACCACUAAAACUG